GUUGCAUUGCCAUCGUACGUUGCUACGCGCGAACCAGCUAGCCUCCUGGCUGCACAUCUACAAGCUCACCAUCGUCGCUACUGUCGCUGGUGCCCUUCUCCUCAACCCGGCCCUCUCGCUAUGAUUCUUCCCUCUGUCCUCUCCCCUGUAGAUUCCUUAGGUGUAAACAUGGCCUGAGUCUUCCUUACUGACAUCGUAAAUGUGUCAUGGAAAAAGAGACGAAAGAUAGAAAAAAAGAGGGGGAACUUUUGGUGAUCUUUGGCCGGUCCCAACGCCAUCAGUACCGUCACCGUCUCUCCAAAGGAUUCCUUCCAUUCCAGCUCUUCAACAAGAAUCGAGUGGCUAUAAAAACAAAGGAGCUGUUGAAGGAAGAGAGGAAGCAUGGGAGACUGAGGAGGCUCCGAUCAUCUUGUCACCAUUGGAGACUGAGCUUUAAAGGACUUCAAGUCUCUUCCCUGACUGUCCGUUUGCUGCUCGCGCUGUGUUGUUCUCGUCGACUUCUUUAUGAAGCCUGCUUCGGGGUCGGUGAAGGGAUUCUACGCUUUCAUCGCCCAUGGUGUGGAGGAGCUCGAGCAGGGGAGCAACUUCACGUCGUUACAGUUCUUGCAGAGGUGCGUCGCCCUGCUCCGGGCCGCCCACCUUCAGCUCACGAGCUUGGUGCAGAAGCUCCAGCUGCCGCCUGGAGAGAAGUGGCUCGACGAGUACAUGGAUGAGAGCGCGCGCAUCUGGCAGGUCUGCCAUGUGCUCAAGCUCGGCGUCGCGGGGAUCGAGAACUACUGCGCCGCCGGGAACGACGUGGUGACGGCUCUCGAACAACGCCAGACCAAUCCUCAACUCCUCCGCCAGGCAAUGCGAGCGGUGUCUGCUUGCCGGCGAGCGGCAUCGGGGCUGGAGGAGGAGAACAGAGUGCUGAUGGAAACCCGGAUUGAGCCGCUUUCUCUCCGCUUCGGCGAGACGACGCCGUCGGAGUCGAAGCUCAACGGGUUCAACGGAUUCCGCGGCGUGCUCCACGCUAUGAGUAACGUGAGCUCCCUCCUCCUCGAGGCGCUUCUCUGGGGACUUGUCUGCUGGUGGCAGCCGGGCUGCAGAACGACAGCCCCCACCGGAUACACGUGCGUCUUCGAGGCCGAAUACAUGGCCUCGAUCGCCCGGCUGCAUCAGAGAGUGAUAGCGGAGAUCGACGGCACCGGCAGGAGGAGAGGGGCGCAGGCGCAGGAGUUCCAGCGAGUGAAGUCCAGAGUCGAGGAGUUGAGGGAGCAUCUGGAGAUGGCCGGCGGUGGGGAAGAGGUUCAGGAGAGAGUAAAGGAGCUGACGGCGUGGCUUGCCCUGCUCCGGUCCGGCACCGAAAACAUCGCUGGCCAGCUCGAUGACUUCCUGGAUGAAAUCGUCGAGGCCAGGAAGAAACUGUGGGACAUAUGCAGCCUCAGGUAGCUCCACAGACAAAGAAAUCAACAUAAUUUUCAAUAAAAAAAAAAAAUUGGAAAAGAAGAAGACAGCAAACUUCCUGCCAUCAUAUCUUCUCUGUU